GUGGGGAAGAGUGGGGUUGGGUGCUGUAUUGUCAUUCUUAUUAUUAAGAUUUCCAUUUUUAUUGAUACUUUUUAUGUUUUAAUAUUCGGCUUUAUUAUUGAGCUAUAGUUUAGGUGUUGUAUUAUCGAGUACUUUUUAGUUGUUUUUUUUUUAAUAUCAAGUGCAUUUCCAUGUUUUGCUAAAAAAAAACAUUUUCAUUUUAUCCUGGAACAGCACACGCGGGGGAUACUUCAUCAGUCAUUUGGAGGGAGGUGUUAUUUUUUUUUAAAUAAUCAUUAUUUUUGAGACUUUUGCGACAAACGUUUCGGUUUGGUCUUUUUGUAUGUGUCGCCUGUUCGCUUUGUUUUUGAUCUUUCUGGAUAUCGCUUCGGGGAACCAGCGCUACGUUGUUUCAUUGGGGGAAAGAAAAAACAGUUCCAGGGUGGACUUUAUUUCGCUGUUUGUGAGCAAAUGAUUUUCUCAUUUUUGGGGGGAUUUUCGCUUUCUCUAUUGGACUAACUCGAAAAUCAACGAAGGUCCACUGUACAACACAAGUUAAUUGCAGACCUGCGACGACUAGGAAGCGCUUGUUUUGUUCUGCGAAGGAGACGGUGGAGUGAAAUAAAAGGACGGGGCACCGAGGUUUGGUUUGCUUUACGACCCCAUUUCUUCGGGGAUCCAGGAUGAAUUUAUCCUAAUUCAGAGUUUCCUGCUUGUGCUUCUCAAUUUCUGCUGAAAGGGGUUAAAAGAUAACCGAGAAUUGAGGAUUCCCGGAGGAGGCGCUUGGCUGAAGGAGCAAUGUUUCCUCAAAGCAGACACCCUACGCCGCACCAGGCUCCUGGGCAGCCCUUUAAAUUCACAAUUCCCGAGUCUUUGGAUCGGAUAAAAGAAGAGUUUCAGUUUCUACAAGCCCAAUAUCACAGUCUCAAACUGGAAUGUGAAAAACUUGCAAGUGAAAAGACAGAAAUGCAGAGGCACUAUGUAAUGUACUAUGAAAUGUCUUACGGGCUCAACAUCGAAAUGCAUAAACAGACUGAGAUCGCUAAGAGGCUGAAUACAAUUUGUGCACAAGUGAUCCCAUUUUUGUCUCAGGAACACCAACAGCAGGUUGCACAGGCAGUGGAAAGAGCUAAACAAGUUACCAUGGCAGAACUGAAUGCUAUCAUCGGGGUACGUGGCCUUCCAGGUCUCCCUCCUACACAGCAGCAGCUCCAGGCCCAGCACUUGUCUCAUGGACAUGGCCCCCCAGUGCCCCUCACCCCCCACCCUUCAGGCCUACAUCCGCCAGGCCUGCCACACUUGGGUGGUAGUGCGGGUCUGCUGGCUCUCUCCAGUGCCCUUGGUGGGCAGCCUCACCUAACAGUCAAGGAAGACAAGAAAAACAGUCAUGACCCGGAUCACCACAGAGAGAGAGAACCAAGCACAAGUAACUCCUUGCUGGUUCCCGAGAGCCUGCGGGGCUCAGACAAACGUCGAAAUGGACCAGAGUUUUCUAAUGAUAUGAAGAAAAGGAAAGUUGAAGACAAGGAUUCCAGCCAUUACGACAGUGAUGGAGACAAAAGUGAUGACAACUUGGUAGUUGAUGUUUCCAAUGAGGACCCUGCUUCGCCACGUGGCACUCCUGCUCACUCCCCGCGCGAGAAUGGAUUAGAAAAAAAUCGCCUGCUGAAGAAAGAUGCCUCCAGUAGCCCAGCCUCUACUGCAUCCUCUGGCAGUUCCUCUUCUCUUAAGUCUAAAGAGAUGAGCAUGCACGAAAAGGCCAGCACACCUGUGCUGAAAUCCAGUACACCAACUCCUCGUGCAGACAUGCCAACUCCAGGAACCAGUGCCACCCCUGGCCUGCGACCCAGUCUUUCCAAGCCUCCCUCUAUGGAACUGGCCAACCAAUCUGCUGCUGGUCUGCGAACUCCCCUGGCAGUGCCAGGUCCUUAUCCGGGCCCCUUUGGGAUGAUGCCCCAUUCUGGGAUGAAUGGGGAGCUGACCAGUCCCGGAGCUGCUUAUGCCAGCCUCCACAACAUGUCACCUCAGAUGAGCGCUGCUGCAGCUGCUGCUGCGGUUGUGGCCUAUGGACGUUCCCCCAUGGUUGGGUUUGACCCACAUCCUCCUAUGCGAGUACCAGGAAUGCCUCCAAAUUUGGCAGGAAUCCCUGGAGGAAAACCUGCAUACUCCUUCCACGUCACUGCUGACGGCCAGAUGCAGCCCGUCCCCUUCCCUCCCGACGCUCUGAUUGGCCCAGGGAUCCCGCGGCAUGCCCGACAGAUCAACACCCUGAGUCACGGAGAGGUGGUGUGCGCCGUUACCAUCAGCAACCCCACCAGACACGUGUACACCGGCGGCAAGGGCUGUGUGAAGGUCUGGGACAUCAGCCAGCCGGGCAACAAGAGCCCAGUGUCUCAGCUGGACUGUUUGAACAGGGACAACUACAUCCGCUCCUGUAAAUUAUUGCCAGAUGGCUGCACCCUGAUUGUUGGUGGGGAGGCCAGUACAUUAUCGAUCUGGGAUCUGGCAGCUCCUACCCCGCGCAUUAAGGCCGAGCUGACGUCCUCGGCUCCCGCCUGCUACGCACUGGCCAUCAGUCCUGACUCGAAGGUCUGCUUCUCCUGCUGCAGUGAUGGCAACAUCGCAGUGUGGGACCUGCACAACCAGACUCUGGUCAGGCAAUUCCAGGGCCACACGGAUGGAGCCAGCUGUAUUGAUAUUUCCAAUGACGGCACCAAGCUGUGGACGGGAGGCCUGGACAACACAGUAAGGUCCUGGGACCUGAGAGAAGGCAGACAGCUACAGCAGCACGAUUUCACUUCACAGAUCUUUUCCCUUGGUUACUGUCCCACCGGAGAGUGGUUGGCAGUAGGAAUGGAGAGCAGCAAUGUUGAGGUCCUACAUGUAAACAAACCAGACAAAUACCAGCUACACCUUCAUGAAAGCUGUGUGCUCUCUCUACAGUUUGCCUAUUGUGGCAAGUGGUUUGUGAGCACUGGAAAAGAUAAUCUCCUGAAUGCCUGGAGGACGCCCUAUGGAGCCAGCAUAUUCCAAUCUAAGGAGUCCUCCUCAGUACUUAGCUGUGACAUCUCUGUGGAUGAUAAAUAUAUUGUCACAGGCUCUGGGGACAAGAAGGCCACAGUUUAUGAAGUUAUCUACUGAAUACCAAAGGCGUUUUUGUACCUUAUACAUCUGAAGAGGGCCAAAGCCUCAAUGUUCCUAAUAGUAUAACACUCACCAGAUUUUCUGGAUGUUUUAACUUCUCCCUGUGAUUUGAGAUUACAAUCCUGAAGCACGCUGACAUUUUACCUGAAUGUGUAAAGUGACAGGUGAACUGGGUGGACUACAGGAACUCCUGAGAAAUACUUGGAAAACUGGGAUUUGGACUUGUUUUACUAGACCUUCGGUCUUCAGAAGAAUGUCAUACACCUUUGUGACCUCAACUAGCUUUAUUGCCUGACUGUGUGGCAUUGCCUCUUUCAACAACCAUUCAUUCUUCUAAAUGUACGACAGUGGCGUUUCAGAAGAACUUGUUCCUCUUUUGGCAUCUUGUGAUACGUUUUUGUAUUUUUGUUUUAGGUCAAGAAUUUGUACAAACUGUAAAUAUUUGGUUUAUUACAGUAAAGGCUUUAGUAACAGAAAUGUUUGGUAUGUCUUUUUAUAAAAAAUAACAUAGCAAAGAUAACACUUCGUCUAAAUUCUAUCUAAUAUAAUUUGAUGGUUUCAUCUACACAAUAAAUGUUUUUUUUCCUAACAAAAUGAAACUUCUCAUUUUAUGGAUGAUUUUGUUCUUUUAAUAAAUAUAUCUGCAUUAUUAAUGUCAAAGAGCUGUAUAAUAACUGGGCUUAAUCCAGACAAUUCAUAAAUGUAAUUGAAGUGAUUGUUUCAUGAAAUAUUUCACAUUUUGUUUCCGUAUAACAACAAAUCUCAGGUAUGCAAAUGCAUAUUUAAACUAUUUAAAAUCUACUGUCAAAUGCAGGACACAUGUACAUUUUAUUUCUUAAAUGGGCAUAAGCAACCCAUUUGCCCGCAUAUAUAGCUACUGAUUUCUAUAGAACAAAACAAACCCUGUAAUGUUUUGAAUUUUCAGGAAUAAAUAGGUGGUCUUCUCUAGUUUUACUGAGGUCUUGGCAUUUGUUGAUGUUAUAGUUGUGAUAAUUUACUGGACUUUAAAUUAAAGAGGUUUCAGUAGCACAGAAAUGACAAACUUUAUUUUCAUUGGUGGUUACUUCAUAAUUUAGAGAUCUGCACUUCAUGAUAUCCUGAACAAGUAAUACCAUUUUUGAAUUACUGCUGCUUAGUCAAGUUUGAACUAAGGCCAUCCUUGAAUAAACACUGCCUUAAAAAUGAA